UUGCAACUGACAUAGCCGCCUGCUGCAGCAUACAUACACACGCGCGCGUUUUUUCUUUUUACAUAUCACACAGUAGAUAGAAGAGGUCCCUUCUUCUCUCUUCUUUCUCCCCACGCAUACAGACACAGCCCUUUUCCUUCCAUAAACAAAGUUUAACGACCAUGUCAGCAACGCAGUCCGCUUAUCCACACAACAAUACAGGUAGCACUGACCAUCGAGUACGACGACGAUCUAAUUCGGCAAUGCACUUGGCUCAUGGGUCUCCACAGCAACAAGCCGCCGUUGACGAUGUUCGGCGGGAGUUUCACGUAUCCAAUGAGCAGCUUCAUUCAAUCGUUCACGGGUUCGAAAAAGAAAUGGAAGCCGGUUUAGCGGAUGUUGAAGGUGGAAUGGGUGAUCUAAAGAUGAUUCCUUCUUACGUUAUUGGAUACCCCACUGGAAACGAACAAGGCACGUAUCUGGCGCUGGAAAUCAGUGGUGUGGACAUUUACGUGUGUCAGGUCGUACUUAAAGGCGAAGGCGGCAAACUGGCGAUCAACCAAUAUCAGUAUGAAAUACCAGACGACCUGACAGCUGGCAAUGAUAUUGGCAUCCUGAUCGACUAUGUAGCAGACUGUGUAUCCGACUUUCAACGAAGAGUAUCAGAAUCAUCAUCACAUCAUCAUCAUCAUCAUCACCGACAAGAACAAGAACAGCAGCAGACAGUGUAUUCAAUGGCUAUCAGUCUUGGAUUUGCCGUGCGCCAAACUGGGCUCGACCGUGGGACAAUCAUGGCGCUGGAACAUGGGUUUGAAUUUCCAAAUGUGAUCGGCAGAGACGUCGUUGAUCUCUUCCACUCUCGUUUCCAAGCAAAAGGAUUAAACGUGCGCAUCGUUGCCAUAGCAAACGAUUCCGUCUGUACGCUGCUAGCACACGCUUAUCAACAUCCAGCGACGCGUAUUGGCAUUGUGCAUAACAUCGGAACCAACUGUGCAUAUUAUGAUAAGGUUUGCAAUAUCAGCAAGUUCUUGGCACAAAUCAAGCACCAACAACAUCCACAGGACAACAACAGCAACAAGAGCAGCAGCAGUAGUAGUAGCAGUAACAGUAUGGAACCCUAUUACAACAACGACAUGAUCAUGAACACAGAAUGGUGUAACUUUGGCUCACGGCAUUUACCCAUGUGUCGCUACGACAAACUCGUGGACAAUCAAAGCAACAACCGAGGCAUCCACAUCUUUGAGAAAAUGACGACGGGCAUGUAUCUUGGAGAAAUUGUACGGCAAGUCUUGGUCGAUCUUGUCAACCGUCAGAUACUGUCCUUUCAGAUCAACGAUGACGAGGAGUGCCUAUUGCGAACACCGUACCAGUUUGAUACCAGCUACAUGUAUGUGUGUGAGGCGGAUGAUGACUGGGAGAAUCUCGAAGACACGCGGGUCGUGCUGGAGGAGAUGUGCAAGGUCGCCGAAACGACGCAGGCUGAUCGGGAGAUCGUCAAGAAGGUGUGUGAGCUCGUUGGGCAGCGCGCCGCCAUGCUGCUUGGCGCUAAUAUCGCUAGCGUUGUCAAGCACAUGGUCGAGCGUGGGAUUGGAUUGGAUAGAAACAGCGAUGGUUUUGCUAUUGCCAUCAGCGGAGAGGUAUACAAGGACUAUCCAUCAUUUCAUCCACGAGUAUGUGAAACAUUAAAAGCGCUGAUUCCGGAAGACGUGUCCACCAAGAUCUCGGUCGGUAUCGUCAAGUUCUCACGGAUUGUUGGUGCGGCUAUUGUGGCAAUGAUGGCUGAAAAGAUGGACCAGCAGGAUGUGGAAAUGCUAUAGUUGGGCCCUCCCCCAAACAAUAUUACUUUAUAAUAAUGAUAUACCGUUCCUCGCCAGCGCCUUCUUUUUUCUCCUUUCUAUCGUUCCAUCAUAGGAAUAAGAGUCAAAACAAAAGCUACCUUCUUACGCACACACAAGUACACAUACGCUUCCUCUUUUUCUACACACACAUAUUCGCUUUGUAACUUGUCUACCAAUUUUUAUAUGUCUUUUCUUUACUUGAUACCUUUGUAAUGGGCCAAACCUGUAAAUCUCACUCCAUCUUUCUCUCUCUCUCUCUCUCUCUCUC